UGCUGUUUUGUGUUGCUCCUGACAGCGUAAAAAUAUGAGUUUCACUUUCACCGCUGUGUCACCUGUGUGUGCAUUUGUAUAAGUUUAUAGCACUCAGAUCCUAGCAUUUUGUAAACCUGUUGCUUUUGAGCUGAUGUUAUUUUGCCUUCCUAUUUACAAUGGCUGCAGCUGUUCAAAAUGGACACGGGGAGGCGGAACUGCUGGACUAUGAGGAAGAAGUGGAAGAACAGGUUACCAGUAAUGGCAGUGCGGAGGCUGACCAGAACCAAGAACCCAUGGACGAUGGAGACCGUGUCGUGAUGCAUACGCCCUAUCACGGUCACGUCAGCCUGCACACAGCUGGCUUCCGAGACAUGUUACUGAAACCCGAAAUCCUGAAGGGGAUCUUCGAUGCGGGCUUCGAGCAUCCGUCCCAAGUACAGGCGGAAUGCAUCCCCAAAGCGAUGUCGGGUGUGGAUAUUUUGUGUCAGGCUAAAUCCGGCAUGGGCAAAACAGCGGUGUUCGUUAUUUCGACCUUGCAAAUGAUCGACCCGCAAGCCACCACCCAACCGACCGUCUUGGUGCUGGCACCGACGCGUGAAUUGGCCUACCAAAUCGCAGCUCAGUACCGUCGUUUCAGACGACAUUUGCGUGGAAUCCGCAUAGGCCUUUUCUACGGCGGCACACCGCUUUUGGGUGACAUACAGAAUUUGCGCGCCGGCCCUGUCCACAUCGUUCUGGGCACACCGGGCCGCCUGAAGGCUCUGGUCCGUGAGCGCGUGCUGAAUCUGUCGCACAUCAAGCACUUUAUUGUGGAUGAAUGCGAUAAGGUGCUGGGCCAGCUAGACAUGCAGUCGGAUGUGCACGAAAUUUUCCUGGCGACACCGUUCGAAAAGCAAGUCAUGAUGUUCAGUGCCACGUACCAGACCGCGGUUUUGCAGGAUUGCCGAAAGUAUUUGUCGAAGGAAGCGUUUGAAGUACUGGUCGAGGAUCCUGCUAAACUGGUGCUCAAACGUCUCGUGCAGCACUAUAAGCAGGUCACCGAGGAUAAGAAGUACCGAAUGCUGAAGGAUGUCUUGGACGUUAUUGAAUGGAAUCAGGUGAUUAUUUUCGUAAAUACCGUUACCCGUGCUUCAACACUUGGAACUCUCCUGUCUGAGGAGAUGACGGAAGUCAUUAUGAUUCACUCUGCAAUGGCUCAGGAGGAACGCUUGGCACGUUACCAGCAGUUUGUGGAUUACAGAAAGCGAAUUCUGGUGGCCACGGACCUUUUUGGGCGCGGUAUGGAUAUUGAGAGAGUGAAUGUGGUGAUUAAUUACGAUUGCCCCACGAACCCGGACCAGUAUCUGCACCGCAUUGCUCGGGCCGGACGCUUCGGAACGUGCGGAUUGGCUGUGACCUUUGUUGCUUCCGAUGUAGAUGCACAGAAGCUGAAUGACAUUCAGGAUCGUUACGAUACGGAUAUUUCCGCGCUCCCUGACCAACUGGACCCGUCUCUGUAUACCAGCGAAGAAGCGGCUGAAUCUUCAUCGCCGGAUAGCAUUGAUUCUGCUAACUGAGUUUUCUGCUGGGCUCAAUGGGGUUCGGUAAGGUAAUUUCUUUCUCAUGCUUUUUGUGAUUUUCCCCGUUGUCUCCACUAGAUUUUUUCUAAUCUGAUGUAAUCUUAAAGGUAAUUUUGUAUCAAAGCUUUUAUCUGUUUUACAAUAUAUUUACUCUGACGAUAGCGUUGUAUUUGACAUUAUGCUGUGUAAAUGGUUUUUUUCAUUUUUUAUUGUAAUCUGCCAAUUUAGCUUAAUAAAGAGGAAAGGGAAAACGAA